GUAUAAAGUGUUCGCUGCAAAUCCGCGAUUACACCGAGGGCUGCCAGUAUUAUAGAUUGACUGGUGGCUAAAUUAACUGGUUGAAACCUAUGCGCACCGCAGAUGUUUCUAAAUUGUAGGUGGCUGUGUUGAUGCCUGUUGAAAGACGCAACUUGUGUGACAAAACCGUCUUCAAAACUUUACUAUAAAUCCCAUUUGAAACAAAUAUGUUUAAUGUUGCACGUGAAAAGUAUGUUUCAAAACACGUCUCUACAAAGCAGCGGUCAGUGCGCUUCGAAAACACCGCAUUUGAGCAUAACCAGAACAAUGAGUAACAGAUAAUCCCACUCACAUUCAGGUUCACCGGAAUAAAUUAAUUUCAUUCAUGAAAUUAACAUGAGACAGCCACAAUAAACCUACGUGGAAGUUUUCUGCUUUUUGUAACCAGCACUGAUCAGAAAAACAUUGGAAUCGAGUCUCAAGUACCUGUAAUGAUAAAUUGAAGUUUUGCUGCCAGGAUCUGGAUGGACAGCAGCUGUAUUAUAUGUUAGAACCACUGAAAGAGAUGAAAUGUUGGCAAACACUUCCUCUUCCAAUGACUCCCAUCCUGGUCCACAACUUCCUGUCAUGUCCUACAGCCAGUGCCUCUUCACCAGGCCGAGCUCUUUCAUUUACACCGCAUUUAUUGGCCUCAAUGUUGUUCUCUUCCUCCCUCUGUUCAUCUUCAUUCUCUACUAUGGCUUUAAACAAUGGUGGAGGAAUCGCUCCAAGUCCUCCUCAUCGGCUGUGAACAACUCGGACUGCUUCACCUACCACAUGGUCGUCAUGGAGAUCGUUGGUGUCACCGGGUGCGUGAUCUCCUUCGGAGGACUCUACGGCGGAGAGAUAAGCGCAGUCAAAGUGGGGACGGUUCUGUUUUCUUUCACCUGGUAUGGAGAGGGAUUCUUCCAGAACCUCACCUGCGUGGAGCACUUCCUGGCUGUCCUCUACCCCAUCGCCUACCUGAGGCUGAAAAACAAAGUCGGGAUCCGGAUCCGGAACGUCACCAUUGGCUGCGUUUGGCUGCUCUGCUUUGUAGGGUUGGGUUUGGCUGCAAAGGAUAAUUACAUCAUCAUGGAUUCCUGCAUCAUAAUACUGACUGUGACUGUCACUCCUUACUGCUGCCUUUCUGUUCUUUGGGCUUUGAAUCAUCAAGGAACAUGGCGGGAGAGUGUGGACCAGUCGAAGCAGAGGGCGUUUUACACUGUGGUAGCCAUACUAGGUGUGCUAAUCCUGAGGUUAGCCUGGAGCGUAAUUUGGAUUUUUAAUCUCAUACGAGCAAAUGCUAAUUGUGUUAUGAUGACCUGUGAGGUUUUGUUUAACCUGCCCAGUACUUUGGUGUUACCUUUGCUUUUUCUGCAAAGAGCAGGAAAAUUAGCAUGUUGGAAGAAAGACGAUGAUGAUUAAGAUUACAUGGAGCCCCGUAGGAGCAAUUGGGGAAAAGUUUUUCUUUUGUGUUCCCUUGCAAUAAAUUAGCAAAUACAUAUGCAAUAAAAGAGCCUCAGUGAAAACGUCGUAAUAUAUUCUUAACUUUUUGGUGCAAAAAAACAAUCUUUGAAAAUCGAUUUAUUUGCUUUAUUUGAGAUGGAACUGCACCUUCAGACACAUAGACACAAAACUGCCAGAUGACUUCAUUACAUUGUGAAAAUAACUCAGAAAUAGACCAAAUAGCUUGGAAAGUUUCUGUUUAUAUCAGGUUUAUGUUGCAUUUCUAUCCUAAAGAAAAAGAUAUAAAAUUUUAGAUAUUUCACAAUGAGAUAUUUAUAUUAUAGCACAAAGUAUGACGGCCACCAUAGGACUUUCAGUAUUGAGUUAUACCACAUCAACUGAUCAGUAUUUUAUAUUUAAGUUUUUGCUUGAGUCUACUUUUUUUUUAACUUUCAAAAAGAUUAAAUAAUUACAGUACAAACUACACAUAUGUAUUAGAAAUUAAGUGUCAACAAAAGUCAACCAAAUGUAAAUAAUUUCAAUAAUGUGACUUUUGUUUUGUUAGAAUAUUUUUAUUUCUGUUUUCAUUGAAUUUUAAUGUUUUUCUUUUCCAGACAGAAAUGCUUCAUAAAAUAUGAAGAGCAAAAAUUUUACUUAAAUAACUUUGCUUUUCAUUUUUUUCACCAGCCAAAAUAUUUAUCUGUUCAGGCAAAAGAAUCUGCUUAAUAUUAUUUUGUGUACUAAAACUUUAAACACACUGCAGGUGACUGACUGAUAUUUUACAUGUCAUAGAAAUCUGUCAGAAGAUUUAUUCUCCUUCACAUCAUUGCAUUUAAUAAUUUGUCACUUUAGUAUCAUUUGUUUAAUGCAAAUAAAUUGCAUUUAAAUAGAAUCAAGAGGGGAAGUGCAAAAUCCACCAAGAGCUUGAUUUCAACUUAGAGAAAGACGAAGAGCGGUGACAAACACUGGGAAGGUUGGUUUAUUUUUCUUAAACAGGAAUGCAGAAUGUGUAAAAUAUUCUUUUUAUCAGCAUAAAGUCAUAAUAUGCUUAAGAAUAGCAAUACAAGAUAACAUUAACUGAGAUAAAAAGUAGUUUAGGUUGCAGAAUAUUUAGAAAAAAUAGAGCAGAUGAUAAAAUUAACACUGGAACGCAUCAAAAGUUCACAUUUCUAGCUACAUUAAUUAAUAGCCAGAAAAAUAAAGUAGACUUCUGGCUGUUUGGAGAUGUAGUAGUAAAGGUGAAAGGUCAGUUUUAGUAGAAAGUACAAAAGAAACACAAAAUGAAUGGUAAAAAUGAAAUAAUUAAAGCAUCACUGCAGUAUAUUUUUAAAACUGAUAUUUGAGUCUGUAUGUAUAAUUCUGAUCCUGUCUGGAUCAGAGAAAAUAAAUCCACAGUAAAUUCACAUUUUAACCUCAUGAAUCCUGUUUUGUUUUUAAGCAGUUCUUUGUUGUAACAAGGGAUUUAUCGAUUUACCGACAUCGAUAUCGGCUGAUAUUACUCAUUUUUUAACAUAUUGGUAUCGGCCUAGUAAAUAAACAACUGAUAUUUAGUUGAUCAGUUUCUGGUUGUAGAUGGGUUUUUUUUGUUUUUUUUACAAACUGUUAUGAAAUAUAUAUAACAUAGGUAAAUAUCAGUUAUUGGCUAUAACAGCAAUGACGAUUGAUGUUUGUUUUAACCUGUCUGGUUGUGACUCUGCUCUUUCUGCUUAGAACCGGUAAAUGUGUGUUGUAAGAAAAACAUCCAAUGAGUGUGAGGGCAGCAUUUACAUCGACUACACUGAAAAAACACUAGUCUAGUUUCUAGUGCAUGUACCUUAGUACACUUGGACAAAAGACAAGACAAAACUAAAUUUCACCAAGAUAUAGGAGCUUCACUGUAAAAAAACCCAGUUUCUAAUUUAGGAAUUUUACCAUAUAAAUGCAGAUUUUACCGUAUUUAUACUGAUUUUAUUUAUGAGGUAAAAUUAUGUAGCUGCCAGAAUUUCACUGUCUAAAUGCAGUAAAAUCCAUAUAAAUAUAGUAAAAUCUGUAUUUAUAUGGUAAAAUUCUGGCAACUACAGCUGCCAGUAUUUUACCAUCAUUUAGAGUGUUAAGUAAAUAAUUCCCUAAUAUUGACAAAAAAGUACCAGUUCUAGACCCAAGUGAAAUAAUCUGCCCAUAGAACUGAUACCUUUUCAUUAAUAAUAAUGCAGUAUGUGAAACAAGCUCCUGUUCUUGCUGAUAAGUUACUUUUAUGUUGGUUGUGUCUUAAUUAAAGUUUACUAGGACAUUGAUGCUAGAAACUAAACAAAAAUACUUGGUAAAGUUGAGAGUUUUGCAGUGUAGGCCAGUCUUGCAUAAGCAACUGCUCCCUGUAUAUGUUUGUGUUUUAGAUGUAUUCACCAAUUGUGCAUAAAUAACCUGUAUUAUCAAUUCAAAUUAAAAAAGCACAUAUUUUAAAUACUGUAUUCAAAGUAAACAAAGAUAUAUGAACAUACAGACCAAUAGCUGUCCUGUUCUGUUUUUUAUCAGCUCAAGAAAAAUAUUAAUAAAGUCAGUAAUACACUUGAUGUGUGUUUAGCACUUUUCUUAAGCUUAUUCUUAUAUUUUAUUUGUGUUUUAGUAUUACUUUACUGUCCACUAUUGUUGAUAUUUUCUUCUUCUGUAGUUUUGCAGAAAAACGUUGUAGGAAGGAAAUGCAGGAAGCCAUUAUGUUUUGCACACGUGCAUUAGUUUUUUCUCCUGUUUUCUUGGAUUUCUAUGUCUAUUUUUUGCAUAUCUACUUUUUC